UGCCUUUCGGGCGCCUCCGGUGGGGCUGGCGGCCCCAGGCGGGCCGGGAUGGACGGGCGGCUGCGCCAGGGACGCGGGAGGUGACCAGCCUGCACACAGAGCUACUCCAUCUGUCUCGCUGGAUCGAGGGUCUACUCGGUGGGCGCGGGCCGGGCUCAGAGCCCACCGAAGCAUGCGGAACGUGGCGCGGGCGCCCGGGCGGAGCACGGGGCUGCUGUUGCCCCGGUCCCCCGGUUCGGGCCCGGGCCCGCCCCCGCUGCUGCUGGUGCUGGUGGUGCUGCUGGGCGGCGCGGGCGCUCAGUACUCGAGCGACCUGUGCAGCUGGAAGGGAAGUGGGCUGACCCGUGAGGCACACAGCAAGGAGGUAGAACAGGUGUACCUACGCUGCUCAGCAGGUUCUGUGGAAUGGCUGUACCCAGCUGGGGCACUCAUUGUCAACCUGCGGCCCAAUACCUUCUCUCCUGCCCGGCACUUGACUGUGUGCAUCAAACUCUUCAGGGACUCCUCAGGAGCCAAUAUUUAUUUGGAAAAAACUGGAGAACUGACACUGCUGGUGCAGGACCAGAGCAGUGAGCCCAGCCAGGUGCAGUGCUUCAGCCUUGAGCAGGGUGGCCUGUUUGUGGAGGCAACACCUCAACAGGAUAUCAGCAGGAGGACCACAGGCUUCCAGUACGAGCUGAUGAGUGGGCACAGGGGACUGGACCUGCAUGUGCUGUCUGCUCCAUGUCGGCCUUGCAGUGACACUGAGGUCCUCCUUGCCAUCUGCACCAGUGACUUUGUGGUCCGUGGCUCCAUCCAGGAUGUCAUGCAUGCACCAGAGCGACAGGAAUCAGUUAUUCACCUGCGGGUGAAUAGGAUCCACCGGCAGAAGAGCAGGGUUUUCCAGCCAGCUCCUGACGGUGAUGGCCACUGGCUGGGCCAUGUCACAACACUGCUUGAGUGUGGUGUGCGGCCAGGACGUGGGGACUUCCUCUUCACUGGACACAUGCACUUUGGGGAAGCACGGCUUGGCUGUGCCCCACGCUUCAGUGACUUCCAAAGGAUGUACAGGGAUGCAGUGGAGAGGGGGCUGAACCCAUGUGAGAUCAGCAUAGAGUGACUACAGUGCAGCGUGGUGCUGUCCUCCUUCAAAUGAGCCACUACUUAAGGCUGUAAUUGCUCAAAUCCUUUUGUGGGCUGCAGGCUGGAGGUGUGGGUCUAGCCUGGUACUUAAGCCUGGUGCUCAAGCCAGGAAGGUACACACUGCUCUGAACCCACCAGGUCCUAGCCAGGGACAUCCUGACCCAUUGGAAUGCUGUAAAAUGAAAACUAAGUUAUUAUUAUUUUUUGUAAAAAAAUGUCUAUAGGAAACAAACUCAUGUGUCUGAAGAUGACUUGGUGCGCCAGUUGAUAUUGUUUUUAACAGUUAUCUUAAGCCAA